ACCACCCCCCAACGCCCCCGCCGCUCUCCUGAUAUCCACUAGUGGCCACGCCGCGCCACCCCCUACCCCUCGCCACGCCGCGCCACGCCACGCCUCGCCCAUCUCCUCCCUAUAAACCCCCCCGCGCCCCCAGCUGCUCGGGCGGCGGCGGCGGCGGCGCGAACUCGAAUCUCUUCUGUCCCCUUCCACCACCGUCCCCCCACAGGAGAUGCUGCGCUGCCACACGCCGCCGCAAUGCCGCCUCGGCGCGGGCGGCGCGGGCGCGGGGGUGCUGCUGAGGCAGCGGAGCGAGGUGGCGGUGCGGUGCCGCGCGCAGCAGGUGUCCGGGGUCGAGGCGGCGGCGGGGACACCGGCGGCGCGGGCGGCGGUGGAGGGUGGGGAGAGGACGAGCCUGGCGGAGCGGCUGCGGCUGGGGAGCCUGCUGGAGGACGGGCUGUCGUACAAGGAGAGCUUCAUCGUGCGGUGCUACGAGGUGGGCAUCAACAAGACGGCCACCGUCGAGACCAUCGCCAACCUCCUCCAGGAGGUAGGGUGUAACCAUGCACAAAGUGUUGGGUUCUCCACUGAUGGUUUUGCCACAACUACCACAAUGAGAAAACUUGGUCUAAUUUGGGUGACCAACCGAAUGCACAUUGAGAUCUACAAGUACCCAGCAUGGGGUGAUGUUGUGGAGAUUGAAACUUGGUGCCAAGAAGAUGGAAAGAUCGGUACUCGUCGUGAUUGGAUCCUUAAGGAUCUGGCUAAUGGUGAAGUUAUCGGCAGAGCUACCAGCAAGUGGGUCAUGAUGAACCAAAAUACACGCAGACUUCAAAGAGUGAGUGAUGACGUGAGGGAUGAGGUUUUUGUACACUGUCCAAAGACUCCAAGAUUAGCAUUCCCCGAGGAAAAUAAUGGCAGUUUGAAAAAGAUUCCAGUUCUUACUGAUCCUGCACAGCACUCAAGACUAGGCCUAGUGCCAAGAAGAGCUGAUCUGGACAUGAACCAACAUGUCAAUAAUGUCACUUACAUUGGUUGGGUACUUGAAAGUAUACCUCAAGAUAUUAUUGAUACACAUGAGUUACAAACAAUCACUCUUGACUACAGAAGAGAGUGCCAACAUGAUGACAUAGUAGAUUCACUUACUUAUAUCGAGGAAGGAGAGGAGAAGAGUUCCAAUGGAUCCGCAUUUGCUGCACCGCACCCAGAAGAGCAGCGACAGUUCUUGCACUGCUUAAGAUUUGCUGGGAACGGGAACGAGAUCAACCGUGGGCGCACCGUGUGGAGGAAGCUAGCUAGAUGAAUUCCCUAGUUUUGAUCAUACAGUCAUAUGUAUUCUGAUCCUUCCAUUUGUUCCAUCAUUUUGCUCUUGGUGUCUGGCAUAGCCCUUUCAGAGAAUCGGUUGUACCCCAAAUUUUGUGUUAAUUUGUUACCUUUGUAAUGUACCGUGGUAACAAUUACAGUUUGUGACAUUCGUCUUACCUGAAGUUGUGCGUUGCUGUAUACUUUGUACUAGUAGAAUCAGUGUUUAUGAAUCUUCAAAUAAUUCUAUCGGCAACAGAUAGCAAUGGCAUGCCAAGUUUGGUUCUUCCUGUA